UAAUAAACCCGGAAGUUCCACGGGCUCUUUCAUCUCGGCAUUUGUAAAGCAGUGAGACAGACUCACUCCUGUCAUUUCUGAGGCUUUUCUUGCUGUGUUUGUGCAUCUGGAUUUAAAAUGCCUCUUAAAUUUGAGUUAUGUCCCGGUCGCAUGAUCGGAGGAAACAACCCGUGUUUCAUUAUUGCAGAAAUCGGACAGAAUCAUCAGGGAGACAUUGAAAUCGCCAAGAAAAUGAUCAAGAUGGCAAAGGACUGCGGGGCAGACUGUGCGAAGUUUCAGAAGAGUGAGCUGGAGUUUAAGUUCAAUAAGAAAGCUCUGGAGCGGCCGUACACCUCCAAACACUCCUGGGGAAAAACAUACGGAGAGCACAAGCGCCAUCUAGAGUUCAGCCACGAGCAGUACAGAGAGCUGCAGCAGUACGCUAAAGAAGUGGGCAUCUUCUUCACUGCGUCCGGAAUGGACGAGAUGGCUGUAGAAUUCCUGCAGGAGCUCAAUGUGCCUUUUUUUAAAGUUGGAUCUGGAGACACCAACAACUUUCCCUACCUCAAAAAAACUGCCCAAAAAGGACGUCCCAUGGUAGUGUCCAGCGGAAUGCAGUCCAUGGAGACCAUGCGCCGUGUUUAUGAAACUGUGAAGGAACACAACCAGAACUUCUGCAUCCUGCAGUGCACAAGUGCAUAUCCUCUAGAACCUGAGGAUGUCAACCUGCGGGUUAUCAGGGAAUAUCAAAAAGAAUUUCCAGACAUUCCCAUUGGUUACUCAGGCCAUGAAAGUGGGAUCAGCAUCACAGUCGGGGCAGUUGCACUGGGAGCAAAGGUCGUGGAGCGCCACGUGACCUUGGACAAGACCUGGAAAGGCAGCGAUCAUGCGGCAUCUCUGGAGCCUGAAGAGCUGGCUGAGCUGGUGCGAUCGAUCCGCACUGUGGAGAGAGCUUUGGGCACUGGGGUGAAGCGCAUGCUGCCCUGCGAGGUGCCAUGCCAUGAUAAGCUCGGGAAAUCUGUGGUGGCCAAGACAGCCAUCCCGAAAGGUACAGAACUAACCCUUGACAUGCUGUCUGUGAAAGUAGCAGAACCUAAGGGUGUAGCUCCAGAAGACAUCUUCCAGAUGGUGGGGAAGAAAGUUACAAUAGACAUCGAUGAGGAUGAGAGCGUCACUGAGGAUGCAGUCGACAACUACGGCAAAAAAGCCAAAGCUUGAGGAAAAUCGUCUCCGCCUGUCAUUCUUCAUCAGACUGGAAAGAAAUUGAGAUACUUUAGCCAAAAUUAAAUGCAUUAUUCUAGAACCGCAGUUAAAAUGGCAUUAUGUUUUGUCUGAUAGGCAGACAGAGACAAAUGCAACAAUACAACAAAUGCCUUUAAUGCUGUUAAUAUGGGUUAUUAUUUGCCAAAUACUGUUGAAUAAAUAAUGGAGCUAAAAACCAUGGAAAUCUGUUUUAUUUUGAAGGUGAAUUAAUGGAAUCAAAAAGG